AUGACACGAUGGCCAUCGAAAAAGUCAGUCUAUAGUGAAGGAGGUUCUGUAAUUCUGACCGAGGAGUUUGUUGUGGUUAUGCUUGAUCUCAAGGAUGAUGAUGCGAGAGUCAUACAUGGUAUUGAACUGACAACGUUAAUUAACAUAGAUUUCGACAAUGACUUCGUUUCUGGAUUUGUUGGAAUUGAAAUGUUGAUGUCGAUGUUAGCUUCUCAGUCACCAACUAUGCGCCAAAUCUCUGCUAGUAGGUUCCGACAAUUUUCUCAGAAAUUAAAAGAUGAAGCUGUAGCAAAGCAAAAAAAAUUAGCAGGAGUUGAACGUUGA